AUGGCGCUUUCUAUUCAGUAUUGGGCGAACUAUACCCGGAACAAACCGAAGCUUGUGAGAAAGUCAGAGAAUUCUGUCCAGAGUGACCAUGUGCUUCGGUUUGUUUUGGAUACAGAGAAUCACCAUAUUUCGUCAAAUAUCCAAGCAUCAAUGCGAGACCGAUCCUAUAGAGUAGAAAUCUUUUUGCAGGUUGACCUUGAUGAAGCUUAUGGGGUUUCCCAUUUAUCUUGUGAUUGUCCUCUUGGCAAUUACACAUGCCACCAUGUAGCAGCCACCCUUCUCUUUGGAUACAAGCGUGCCAGUAAGACAGAUGUCAAGUGUAGAUGGAUCAAAAAUCCAAAGUCAUUACCAAAAUCUGUACAAGACAUGGAGACAUUAUUUCCUGUACGGAAACCAAAUUAUAGUAAAACAUUUACUGAAUUAAAGUCAGCAGAAAAUCAGAGAAAAAAUCUGUUAUGGUCUGCUGCAAGGAAGCACAGAAUAACUGCUUCAAAUUUUGGUGCAGUAUUAGGUGCAAUAAAAAGAAAUAGUUUCACAGCUUCCCUUCAAAAGAGGUUGCUAUCUGCCUAUAAUUUGGAAGCAGUCAGAAGUAUUUGGCUGCAUGAGUCUGGUGUUCUUGGCGCAUCACGAGAUGGAAUUAUUAAGCAACAGAAGGUUACUGCUUUAACUUAA